AUGCUCAACAGCCGGUCGGCUUCCCCACAGAACCUCAGGCAGCAAGAAGCCGCCCAUGAUCUACUCUCCCCACGCGAAAAUCUGCACAGACUCUGCUCCAUGCCUUCCGCAUCACUCCGAUGUCGCCGCGCCCUUGCCAUCGCUGAGACAAUCAUCGAAUACACAUUCCUCGGCCCCGUAUUCCAUCUCACAUGGCUCACCCUGAUCCUCUCUGAGCAGUCCUGGCACUACGUCAAGAAUUUGCACAUUGCUGCCUUCGACAUCUUCGAUGCCAUCGGCACAGUUCUCAAUCGCGCUACUAAGAGGGAGGACUUCCCGCGCUUGGCGAUUCUGCUGGGUACCACGACUAUAUUCGUGUGCGCGCCGAGCAUCACUGUUCUGAUCCUGAUGUUCCUCGUGGCAUGUGUGCAGAGCGUGCAUAUCAAGGAACUCGAGGCGCAGAGUGAGGUCCUGAAAGCUAGGUUGGCAGGUAAGGCUGUGUGGCCGGUCGAGGAGGAGUGGGAUGUCAUUGGGUCCAUGGACUAA